CCGGAAGCCUUUCUAUAAUGCGACGGUGUAUUAUAUUACGUAGGUACAAGAUGUGUAGCAUCAUGCACUGUUGCACCGUCGUUUCUAACAGUCAAACAUUGGCGUUCAUUGUCAACGCCACGAUAUUACAGUAAUAUCAAUAUUGAUAGAAACUUUAAAUAUUAUAAAGUCUCAAAUGUUGAUGUGAUGCCAAAAGUACAAUAUUACGUGUACAAACACAUACAGAAUAACAAUCGGGAAAUUGUUGAAACCAAACUUUAUUUUCUGUAAUAAAUGAACAAAAUAAAAUAAAUUAAACUGCAGAAAAGAACACGUCAUUUUUAUUAAUAUAUAUAUAUAGUGUGAAAGACAUAAUGUGAACGUAUAAAUAAUAUAAAUAUAAAAGAGCAAAAUAUAAAAGAGCAAAAUAGAAAGCAACAAUGCAUUUAGUUGCAUAAGCUUGAAUACUCUAAAAUAAAAACUUAAACACUAUAACUGAGACGCUUAUAGAAAUUAAAUACUUUCUAAAAUUAAUAGUUGUAAAAAUUGCGUCUUCGAAAAAUUAUAAAUCAAUUUCUUUCAUCAAACAACCGUCUAUAUAGAAAUUUUUCAUCGGUGAACAAUGUAAUCAACCAGCUUUUUUAUGUCUUUUUACAAAAUUAUAAAUGUAUAGCUUUUUAAACUAUGUGUGUGUAAUGAGAAAAAUGACGGGUUUCUUCUUUAAAGCAGUAGUGUUUAAUUAACACAUUUUAUCUUAUUUAUUUUUUAUAAAUUUUAAAAUAACAUGUAUAUUUAAUUUUAGCAAUUUCCUGUCAAUUGACAAAAUAAUGUGAUUUGUUUUCAAACCAUCUCUGUGAUACGUGAUCACUUGUGUAUUGUGAAACGCAGAUUCGUUGCACCGCAAAAAAAAUGUGGCAAGACAACUCAUGUUUCACUCUCGACUGUCAAUUCUCGAUUUACCUUAUGUAACUAGAUUUCCUGCGCGAGUGUGCGAACCAAGUAAUCCACUUUGGGCGGAAGACUUUACUGGAUUCUUUUCUUUACCGGACGAAAAACAAAAAUUACAAGUGCAUGCCUAAAUCUUGUAAAUAAUAGUGACUUGUUAAAAUCUUAAAGAUAUCUCAUUUAAAAAUUAUUUUGAAUGUAUGGGCUUUCCUUUGUUGACAAGUUCUCGGCAGAAUUUAUUUCAGAGAAGGGUGAAAUUUGACGGUACAAUGUUAUGCAAUAAUUACGAUCGUAAUUAAUGAUUUAUUAUACGUGUAAUAUAUAUCAAAAGAACUCGAGCACUUGUGAGUAUCGAUCACUCAUACGAGAGACGUGUUAAGCCUUCCGCACACGAUUUUUCAUGCUAGAUCGUAUACGAGGCAUCUUACUAUGUAUCCUCAUUGGCUUACGAUUGGUUAUAUAAUCAUCUGGGCCAAUCAGGACAUGUAUUAAGACGCCUCGUAUGCGAUCUAGCAUGAAAAAUCGUAUCGUAUGCCGAAGGCUUUAGUCGUGCAAGGUGAGUCACAUAAGGGAGAUCAAAUUGCCAGGCGAGAAGAAACUUCGCUUGUCAAUCGCCGCAGGCAGAAUUUUAUUUGUUACUUAACCGUAUUUCUGUGCGACGAAAAUGCGCGGUAUCACGGAACGAACGCCUCUAAGAAGAUCUGCGGAUUCACCCGAUUACAUCGAGUUUGCCAGCCUCUUGAGGACUCGAAGAACGCGACUGCGACAAUUCCAAUGCUGCGUUUGCGGCAUCCUGAUAGUGGUUUUUACCAUGGCUCUAGUGGUGUCUGUCAGCUACUCAAUGAGCCACUCCAUGAACAACUUCACUAAUCAGCAAAUGAACGACAACGCAACGUCUUUCGAUAAUUUAGGUAGUGCCCUGAGAUUAGGACUCGCACUUGGAUCCAUCUCACACUCGGCCUUCAGCAGCACCGCCAGUGCCACAGCCGAACCCAAGUUCGUCCUGGUACCUAAUGAAGGAGUCAACACCUCAAUAAAGUGUCUCAGCCAAUUAGAAUACACGCAGGGAUUACGAGCUGGCGAACAGGCGAUGAAGGAUCGCCUGUCUGCGGAUAUAAUUGCCGCGAAAUCACCAUUACCAUCUUCAUCCCCUGAAUUUAGACAUCGUCAGGCGGUGAGCACGUGCUUCAAUGUUAGUACCCUUGCUUUAGCAGCAAUAGGUGAAAUUGCGGCGACAAAAAUGAUUGAGAAAAUGAGGUCCACUCAUGAUGAACCGUCGGCGAUCGAUACGUUCUUCGACAGCGGGUGGUUACCGAAAACUGUAUGCAAACGGUAUUUUGAUGAUCACACCUGUAAAACCGGCAAGUAUCGAACUAUCGACGGCAGCUGCAAUCGGCCGAGAGGAUGGGGCACUAGCAUGAUGCCCUUUCGAAGAGCUCUGCCGCCCGAUUACGCCGAUGGAAUCGAGUCGCCUCGUAAGGCACGGUCCGGAAAGGAAUUACCCUCCGCCAGGGAGAUAAGUCUGAAGGUGCACAAACCUUCGGCCAGCAGUAAUCCGUCCUUCACGGUGAUGCUGGCGGUGUUUGGUCAAUUCCUGGACCACGACAUCACCGCGACCGCGCUCAGUCAGGGUGUCAACGGGAGUUCCAUAGCGUGCUGCCCGCCGUCGUCAGGAAGACAACAUCCCGAAUGUUUUCCCGUGCGAAUGGAAGCCGGCGAUCCUGUGCACGAUCUGACCGGUAGAACCUGCAUGGACUUUGUGAGAUCGGCGCCGGCCCCGCGAUGCAAACUCGGCCCUAGAGAACAGCUCAACCAGGUCAGUGCCUUCAUCGACGGCUCGACUGUUUAUGGCUCCGACAACGAGACUGCUCGCGACCUGCGCGAGUUCUCCGGUGGUCGUUUGAGGAUGCAGUUUACACCUGACAAUAGGACCCUGCUGCCGCCGAGCAGAAACCCCAAUGACGGUUGCAAUCGGGAAGCCGAGCGGCGCCGUGGCCGCUAUUGCUUUGCCGCGGGUGACGCCAGGGCGAACGAGAACCUGCAUCUGACCACGAUGCAUCUUCUUUGGGCGCGGCAACACAACAAGAUCGCAAACGAAUUGGCCAGAGUCAAUCCCUCUUGGAGCGACGAGAAGCUCUAUCAGGAAACGCGCCGUAUCGUCGGCGCUCAAUUGCAACACAUCACUUAUCGCGAAUUUCUACCUGUUGUCCUGGGCGACGAGAGGAUGAAUAAGCACGGCUUGAGGCCUCUCACGUCGGGCUACAAAAAGCGGGCGCACGACUCGGACGAGCUGGAGAACGACCCGACGAUCGCCAAUCACUUCGCGGCCGCGGCUUUUCGCUUCGCUCACACCUUAAUACCAGGGUUGAUGAAAAUGACGGAUGCUGAGAAGGAUACACCGUCUUAUAUGGAGCUGCACAGGAUGCUCUUCAAUCCCUACAGCCUUUAUGCCGCGGAUGGCAUGAGGCGUUCGAUCACUUCGGCCACAACCAACGUUAUUCAGAGGUACUCCACGCACAUAACUUCGCAGCUGACCAAUCAUCUCUUUGAGGACCCCAUGGCCAAUUCUACGGUACCGUGUGGUCUUGAUUUGGUGUCGUUGAACAUCCAACGAGGACGGGAUCACGGAUUACCGGGGUACACUAUAUGGCGGGAAUAUUGCGGUCUAGGAAAGGUGGGAAAUUUUAGCGAUCUCGAAGGCCAUUUAGAUCAUCAAGCUCUGGAAGAGAUAUCAAUGCUAUAUGAGACUGUCGGCGACAUAGAUUUGUAUACUGGCGCGUUAGCAGAAAUACCGGAAUCGGACAGCUUGAUUGGACCUACGUUUACGUGUUUGAUUCUUGAUCAGUUCGAUCGUUUGCAGAAAGGGGAUCGUUUUUGGUACGAGUUUGCCGAACAACCGUAUCCUUUCACGGAAGAUCAGCUCACAGAGAUACGCAAGAGUUCACUGGCAAAGUUAAUAUGCGAUUGUUCUGACGGAAUCACGCGCGCUCAGAUGAGAGUUAUGCAUUCCGUUAGUCCUGAUAAUCCUAUGGUAUCAUGUGAAGAUAUACCAGGACCUUCCUUUACUCCAUGGAAAGAAAAUCCUGCUUUCAAUUCAACGUCAUCGUAGUGCUUAGAUUUUAGAAGUUAAGUGUUUAUAUUAUAGGAUAUCCUAAAACUACUAAAUAUACUUUUAUAUAAUAAAUUAAUUGACAAUUUUAUAAA